AUGGGUGAAGAAGAAGAGAAAAUCGAAAAGGUUACUGUUUCUCAGGAUGAAUAUUCGGGUCUCAUCGGAGAUAUAGCUGGACAGUUUUUGCAAGAUAAGAUUGGUGGAGCUGGAGGCCAAAUCAUUGGAAACCUUGUCAGAGGUGGCGCUGAUUCAGGAGGCGGUUCAGGCGGGUUUGAUAUUGGGAACGUAAUUGGUAACGCGAUUGGCGGUAAUGCAGGUUCUGGAAUUGGCAGCGUGCUUGGUGAUUUAAUUGGGGGAGGAAAUAGUGGCGGCAGAGGUAACCAGCCCUCUGGUGGUGGAUAUAACAGUGGGGGACGUAAUGAUGGUGGUAGUGGAGGUGGUCUUGGUGAUAUCUUAGGCAAUCUCAUUGGUGGUGGCGGUGGUGGUGGCUAUAAUGACAGUUAUGGAGGAGGUGGCGGCGGCGGUCGUUCCAAUAUGUCUGGAGGUGGAGGAAUUGGUAGUCUGAUUGGCGAUAUUUUGGCCGGCGGUGGCGGUGUUAAUAAUGGUCGAUUUGGAGGCGGUGGAGGUGAGAAUGUCCCUAUGAACGCUUUAAAGGGAGGAGUUAUUGAGUUAAUCUCAGACUUUGUGGGACAAGCUGCUCAUCGCUUUCUGGGCGUUGAUCCUGCAACUGGUCGUAUUAUUGGAUCAGUUGCUGGUAACGUUCUGUUUGAACUUGGUGGAAAGGACAAUAAACUUUCGGACAUUGGCAAAAUCAUUCUUGAUAACAUCAUCAGUGGCAAAGGACGUAAAAAUGUGCAACCAUAUGUGCCUCGUGAUCCCGUCCCGAUACCACCACCACCUUCACCAACCCGAAAAUUGUCAGCGGUAGAUUUCUAUGAUGCACGAGACGAGUGUCUGAAGACUGGUCGUCUUUAUGAAGAUCCUGACUUUGUAGCGGGCGAUUCAAGUCUCUUUUACAGUCGGCGACCACCGAAGUACAUCGAGUGGAAACGUCCAGGGGAAAUAAUCAACGACCCUAUGUUGAUUUCGGAAGGUCAGUCUCGAUUUGACGUUAUACAAGGUGAACUUGGAGACUGUUGGUUGAUGGCAGGAGCUGCUAAUGUCACACUUCGUGAUGAGCUGUUCUUCCGUGUUGUACCACCAGACCAGAGUUUCACUGAGAAUUACGCAGGGAUCUUUCACUUCCAGUUUUGGCACUAUGGUGAAUGGGUAGACGUGGUAAUUGAUGACCGUUUACCAACAUCAAAUAAUGAGUUGCUAUACAUGCAUUCUCGAGCAAACGACGCCUUCUGGAGUGCAUUACUUGAGAAAGCCUAUGCAAAACUGCAUGGAAGUUAUGAAGCACUGAAAGGUGGAACAACAUCGGAAGCUUUGGUUGACAUGACGGGUGGACUCACAGAAUUUGUUGAUUUGAAGAGACCGCCAAAGAAUCUUUUGCAGAUGCUGUUUAGAGCAUUCGAAAUGGGUUCACUCUUUGGUUGCAGCAUUGAAGCUCAACCGAACGAAUUUGAAGCUCGUACUCCACAAGGCCUAGUCAAGGGACAUGCCUACAGUAUUACCGGAAUGCGAACGGUAGAUAGUAUUAGUUUUUCUCAAAAGUACCAAGUUGAUGUUUACGGAGAAAAGAUUCCGUUGCUUCGUAUUAGAAACCCGUGGGGCAACGCGCAAGAAUGGAAUGGAGAUUGGUCAGAUAAUAGUCCAUGCUGGGACGCUGUUUCCGCACAACAGAAAAAUGAAAUGAACUUGGUCUUGGCACAUGAUGGAGAAUUUUGGAUGACAUAUGACGACUUUAUGCAUUACUUUGAUAAGCUGGAAAUCUGUAACUUGGGUCCGGACGUUAUGGAUGAUAUUCGAGAUAUGACUGGUGUGUCGGUAGAUCAGGCGGACUUCAAGAGAUGGAAUACGCGAACUCACUUGGGAACUUGGGAUAGUAAUACAGCCGGUGGAUGUCGAAACUACUUAAAUUCAUUCGACAGAAAUCCACAGUUUGGAAUGACUAUAUCGAAUCCUGAUCCGGAUGAUGAAGAUGGUCUUUGUACAGUCAUUAUUUCUGUAUUGCAAAUGUACCGACGCGAACUGAAGCCGAAGGGGUUGGAUAAUCUGGCAAUUGGCUUUGCGGUUUACGCGGUUGAUUCAAUAACUGGGCACCUUGAUAGGAGUUUCUUCGCUUCCACUGCUUCGACGGCUCGUAGUGCUGCAUUCAUCAACCUUCGUGAAGUGACCGGUAGAUUCCGCUUACCGCCAGGAAGCUAUGUGAUAGUUCCGUCGACCUUUGACCCUGGAGAGGAAGGACAGUUUAUGGUCCGAAUCUUCACAAACGUUACCAUUGAUACUGAGUUAGUUUGCUCUUUCUUUUUUAGUGUUAAAAGUUCCAUUUACUUCUGUCAAAUAAAUAUUUUUUUGUGA